CACCGGAAGGGAGGCAGGAGAGACAGACUUCCAAAACCCCUGUGGGCGCCGGGCGAUCUUCCGGCUGGUUCCUGAGACAGAGGAAGGCGGAAGUGAUAACAUCAGAGAUGGCAUCGCCCAGGAGUGAGAUGAUGUCGGCAUGCAGAGGGAUGCUAAAGGAAGGUGUUAUCACAAUGCAGACCUCACAUCUUCCUAAAGACCUGCUACCUGCUCCGGAACAUGCUAAGGCGGUGACCUUCAGGAAAUCAUCUCCGAACGAUGACGGCUCGUUCCUGCCCAAGAAAAUCUUCCCAUCACGUCCUGGAACCAGAAGCCUCUCUACCACUUCCCUGCGUAAAACUGAGGACUGGUUAGCACACAAGCCUUAUGUCCAGUUGAUAAUGGAUGCAGAACAUGAGAAGAUCAGUGCAAAGACGCAGUGUGUGUUGGAUGCAGAAAAUCACUAUAACCAGUGUCUGGAUGAGUAUGUGAAACAGGCAGAGAGCGCUGAUCUGCGCAGGAAGGAGAUUCAGCAUAAGAGGUGGACGGAACGUGUGGCUGAACCACUACAGAAAACCAUAGAGCGCUACAUAGAUGGCCAAACCAGCCAAGACAUAGAGAGGAGGAGGAGAUGGCUUCUAGAACAGUACUUGGAUUAUUGCAACAAGAAGGGUAGCGCAUUUAUGAGAGAUUAUGAUUCCUCUGAGUAUGACCCGUAUAUUAAUCGCCUCCGCAAGCACUACCUCCGGGUUUCAACACCAGUAUUUAAGGAUCCUCUCUUGCAGCAGUACCAGAAGAGGUAUGAGGAGGAGAAGGUGGCUCUGCAUUGUGACACAGGCAGGCUGUAUUCAGCCAAUGAAGUCAAUGAGCUGAACCUUCAGAAACUCCCACAGGCUCCUCUGGGGCGUCAGACCAUGAAUGGGAUCAAGUGGUUGAAGACUCCAUUCGGUUACAUUGAGAGUGACAUCAGGCUAAAGAGCAGACAGAGGGUGAGAGGAUCUGUUAACCAAGGAACUCUAGACUUCAAGACAUGGGCCGAUACCAAAUACCCACCUGAGAUCUUCAACACUGAGAGGAACGUCUGUCAUAAGAGGAAGUUUUCGGUCAAGACAUCUUCCAUGCCAGCAUAUUCCAAGCAAUGGGGUCCAGAUCACACAGUCACGAUGAUCACAAUAUAGAGCAUUUGGUUAUAGGUUGGGGAGGUGGUGGGUAUGGUUUGGUAUUGGGGGGAGGGCAGCAUUAUGUUUGGUGAGUGGAACGGUUAGAGCUGAAACAACUAAUCAACUAUGAAAAUGGUUGUCAACUAUUUUCAUAACCGAUUAGUUGGUCAACCAAUUUGUUGGCCUGCAUACAGAAUGCAUUAUUUCUUUACAUAUCAGAAAAUACAAUGCAGCACACAUACAACUCGGUACACAGCUCAUACAUGUCAGUAAGUCCCUGGGAAUUUGUGAAUGUGUGAGGAACAAUGCCUCAUGGGACAUGUAGUCCUGGGCUGGGGCUGUUAUUGCGGUUAUGUGGAAGCAAUCAUGAGGCAGCGCAGCCGCUUGAAUGCUUCCAUCUGACAGACAGGAGUCUGCUUGUCAGAUUCACACACAAUCCCGGUGGCUGUGGAACUUGGUUAACUCCUUAUAGUAGCGAUUAUCUGCUGUUUGUAUACUGUAAAGGGAAGGGAGAGUGGAGGGUUUCCACCCCUUUUCAGAAUUUCUAAAUUCUAUAAAGGUAAUUCUAAAGGAACAAGGGGGCACCUGCAGAUUAUCCUUCAUAGGCUUAACACAAAUAGUGGGCCAAACUGCCCAUUCAUGUCUAUGCUGAAAGUGGCCUUGAAGGCAGUGCGAUGCCUCUCCAACUAUCCACUUUGUUAUGUUCCAAGGUCUAGGUAAUUUGGUUUAUUUGCUUUAGUCUAUUGUCUGUGUAUACCGUUUUCUUUGUCUUAAGCCCCUGCGCGGGUGUUUUGCUUGCUAUGUUACUGCAGAAUUUAAUAAAAAAAAUAAUGAAACAGAAAA